AGGUGCGCAGGCCUGGGGCGCGCGGGGCACGCCGGGCCGUCCCUAUCAACCCUCCUCCGCGGCGUGAUCUCGCGAGAGUUGCGAGUAAACAGCCCCGAAUGGAGAGCCGAGGCGUGUUCGCGGCGGUGCCGGCGCCGGCGUUGCCCUGGGCCCACCGGCCUAGAGCUUGAGGCGGCCGCAGAAAAUGGCCUGGGUGGCUGAGGAUUCUGCCAGGCUCAGUCCUACGUGAAGGUAUUUACAGCUCAGCGCCUCCUGGGGACAUCCCUGAGCCACCUUCCCUACAGUCUUCACCAUCUUAGUGACGGGUACUCUCUCCUCGUCUGGAGGUCGGCUUGCAGCGUGAUUGUUGGCAUCCCUGCUGGAUUGGGUCUGUGGUGCAAAUGGAGUGUAGGACUCAGUUGGCUCGGCCGGAAUGAGAGAAACCCCCGUCCAGGAUGGAGAAGAAACGAAGGAAGAAAUGAACGCCUCUGUUUGGGCCAUGCCUCGGAUAACCAUGGGACAAGACUGUAGGAUGGCUGCUCAGUAAGGCUGCGGAUUUUAGCCGAAACAAUUCAUUUCUAAUCAAGGAAGAAACAAGUGUGAUUUGAAUUUAUGCAGUUUUAUGAGCACAUUCGCUUAAGACCAUGAAGCUCAUCCACAUCUGGCUGCUCCUGCUGGUGGUUUUGCUCUGUGGGAAGAAACACCUGGGUGACAGGCUAGAGAAGAAGGCUUUUGACAAGGCCCCAUGCCCUAGCUGUUCUCACCUGACUUUGAAGGUGGAAUUCUCCUCAACGGUUGUGGAAUCUGAAUAUAUUGUGGCUUUCAAUGGAUACUUCACGGCCAAAGCUAGAAAUUCAUUUAUUUCAAGUGCUCUGAAGAGCAGGGAAGGAGACAAUUGGAGAAUUAUACCUCGGAACAACCCAUCCAGUGACUACCCUAGUGACUUUGAGGUGAUUCAGAUAAAAGAAAAGCAGAAAGCUGGGCUACUCACACUUGAAGAUCAUCCGAACAUCAAGCGGGUGACACCCCAGCGGAAAGUCUUUCGUUCCCUGAAGUACACUGAAUCUGACCCCAUCGUGCCCUGUAAUGAAACCCGGUGGAGCCAGAAGUGGCAGUCGUCACGCCCCCUGCGAAGAGCCAGUCUCUCCCUGGGCUCUGGUUUCUGGCAUGCCACAGGGAGACAUUCAAGUCGACGAUUGCUGAGGGCCAUUCCUCGCCAGGUCGCCCAGACACUGCAAGCGGAUGUGCUGUGGCAGAUGGGAUAUACAGGUGCUAGUGUCAGGGUUGCUGUGUUUGACACUGGGCUGAGCGAGAAACACCCGCAUUUCAAGAACGUGAAGGAAAGAACCAACUGGACCAAUGAGCGGACUCUGGAUGAUGGGCUGGGCCACGGCACGUUCGUGGCAGGUGUGAUUGCCAGCAUGAGGGAGUGCCAAGGGUUUGCUCCAGAUGCAGAGCUGCAUAUCUUCAGGGUCUUUACCAACAAUCAGGUAUCUUACACAUCUUGGUUUUUGGAUGCCUUCAACUAUGCCAUCCUGAAGAAGGUUGAUGUGCUCAACCUCAGCAUCGGUGGCCCCGACUUCAUGGAUCAUCCAUUUGUUGACAAGGUGUGGGAAUUAACAGCUAACAACGUAAUCAUGGUAUCUGCUAUUGGCAAUGAUGGACCUCUUUAUGGCACUCUGAAUAACCCUGCUGAUCAGAUGGAUGUGAUUGGAGUGGGUGGCAUUGACUUUGAAGAUAACAUCGCCCGCUUUUCUUCCAGGGGAAUGACUACCUGGGAACUACCGGGAGGUUAUGGUCGCGUGAAACCAGACAUUGUCACCUACGGUGCCGGAGUGCGGGGUUCUGGUGUGAAAGGAGGCUGCCGGGCACUCUCAGGGACCAGUGUUGCUUCUCCAGUGGUCGCUGGGGCUGUCACCCUGCUAGUGAGCACAGUCCAGAACCGUGAGCUGGUAAACCCUGCCAGCAUGAAGCAGGCCCUGAUCGCAUCGGCCCGGAGGCUUCCUGGUGUCAACAUGUUCGAGCAAGGCCAUGGCAAACUGGACCUGCUGAGGGCCUACCAGAUCCUCAACAGCUACAAGCCACAGGCAAGCUUGAGCCCCAGCUACAUCGACCUGACCGAGUGUCCGUACAUGUGGCCCUACUGCUCCCAGCCCAUCUACUACGGAGGGAUGCCCACAGUCGUCAAUGUCACCAUUCUCAAUGGCAUGGGGGUCACAGGAAGAAUUGUGGAUAAGCUCACUUCCUUCGGCCUACCUUCCUCUGUCCUGCAGCCUGAGUGGCGGCCCUACCUGCCACAGAAUGGAGACAGUGUUGAAGUGGCCUUCUCUUACUCCUCCGUGCUGUGGCCUUGGUCUGGCUACCUGGCCAUCUCCAUUUCUGUGACCAAGAAGGCAGCUUCCUGGGAAGGCAUUGCCCAAGGCCACGUCAUGGUCACAGUGGCUUCUCCAGAAGAGGUGGAGUCAAAAAAUGGUGCAGAACAGACUUCAACAGUAAAGCUCCCCAUUAAAGUGAAGAUAAUUCCCACCCCUCCUCGGAGUAAAAGAGUCCUCUGGGAUCAGUACCACAACCUCCGCUACCCACCUGGCUACUUUCCCAGGGACAACCUGCGGAUGAAGAACGACCCACUGGACUGGAAUGGCGAUCACAUCCACACGAACUUCAGGGAGAUGUACCAGCACCUGCGGAGCAUGGGCUACUUUGUGGAGGUCCUCGGCGCGCCCUUCACGUGUUUUGAUGCCACUCAGUAUGGCACUUUGCUGAUGGUGGACAGUGAGGAAGAGUACUUCCCUGAGGAGAUCACCAAGCUGAGGAGGGAUGUGGACAAUGGGCUCUCACUCGUCAUCUUCAGUGACUGGUACAACACUUCUGUCAUGAGAAAAGUGAAGUUUUAUGAUGAAAACACAAGGCAGUGGUGGAUGCCGGACACCGGAGGAGCCAACAUCCCAGCUCUGAAUGAGCUGCUGUCUGUGUGGAACAUGGGGUUCAGUGACGGCCUGUAUGAAGGGGAGUUUGCACUGGCAAACCAUGACAUGUAUUAUGCAUCCGGAUGCAGCAUUGCCAAGUUUCCAGAAGAUGGCAUAGUGAUAACACAGACCUUUAAGGACCAAGGACUGGAGGUUUUAAAGCAAGAGACAGCAAUAGUUGAGAAUGUCCCUGUUUUGGGGCUUUAUCAGAUUCCAGUUGAGGGCGGAGGCCGAAUUGUGCUCUAUGGAGACUCCAAUUGCUUGGAUGACAGUCACCGGCAGAAGGACUGCUUUUGGCUUCUCGAUGCUCUCCUUCAGUACACAUCAUAUGGUGUGACCCCACCCAGCCUCAGCCAUUCUGGGAACCGCCAGCGCCCACCCAAUGGAGCUGGCUCAGCCCCUCCGGAGAGGAUGGAAGGAAACCACCUUCAUCGCUACUCCAAAGUUCUCGAAGCCCACUUGGGAGACCCGAAACCUCGGCCUCUUCCAGCCUGUCCACAUUUGUCUUGGGCCAAACCUCAGCCUUUGAAUGAGACAGCACCCAGCAAUCUUUGGAAACAUCAGAAGCUGCUCUCCAUUGACCUGGACAAAGUGGUCCUACCCAACUUUCGAUCGAAUCGCCCUCAAGUGAGACCCUUGUCCCCUGGCGAAAGUGGUGCCUGGGACAUUCCUGGAGGUAUCAUGCCAGGCCGCUACAACCAGGAGGUCGGGCAGACCAUCCCUGUCUUCGCCUUCUUGGGAGCCAUGGUGGCCCUGGCCUUCUUUGUGGUACAGAUCAGCAAGGCCAAGAGCCGGCCAAAGCGGAGGAGGCCCAGGGCCAAGCGCCCACAGCUCACACAACAGGCCCACCCCCCAAGGACCCCGUCUGUGUGAUAGUCACUCUGCCGAGCCACACAAGCCUUGGUCCACUCCGAUGGGUACCUGGGACCUCGGAGGAUGUUCCUGGAAGAGGUCCAUUUCUGAGGGACCCCAUCUCUAGCUGUGGCUGAAUUAGUCUGUUCUACCUGGGCCUCCCUGAAGGUACAACCUGGAGUACCUCGCAGCCCUGAGCCCUGGCGGGAGGACCUCAGCAGCUCAACCUCCAACAGCGUCCCGCCCCACAGCUGAGUGCGCCAAAGACACAGAACCUCGAAGGGCUUCUGGGCAUGACUGCCUGAAGGGCCGAUGGACUUCACAGAAAUGCAGCAACUUCUGACCACGCUAAGACAUGCUUGUUAAAGGCUAUUUUCUAUAUUUAUUGUGGAGAAGAGUCACUUUAAAGACUUGUGCUAUUUGGAAGCAAAGCUAUUUUUUUUGUCAAUGAAGUACGGUUUUCUACUAUGACAUCAUAAGUGGUGACAGACCCGUGGUCUCCUUUCUGAUGAGAGGACGGGGCCGAAGGAAGCGUGCACAAGUCUGUGAAGCAUAGGCCUUUGCUCUAUUUUUAUAAGUGUCAACUGCCAUCAUGUUUUGUAAUUUGAGGUCUUGACUUCGCCAUUGUUGGUGAAGGAAGUUUUCAAUAAAUACGCAUAACCUUGCAAAGCC